CUUUGCUUCGACACGGGCGGACUGGUGCCGCCCCCACCUCCGAGAUCUUAUAUCGGAGAAACGCCAGCCGACUUCGCUGACUUGCAUCUCGAGGAGCCCCGGCGAGUGGCAUGGACCAGGCUCAAGAAAUGUAAACAACGGCGUCAAUAUAAAAUAUAUAUUCCACUUCCUCCACUAGCGGAGCGGCGCCCACCACCAGCACACUUAAGAUAGGAACACAUCCUACCGGCGCUAUAGGUCUGCACAAACAAAUAAAAACAAGACAAUGAGACUCCACCAGAGGUUUGCCGAGACGUGCGUCAACGAACGCCUGUGGUACAUGUGUCUAUGGGCGGGCGGGCUGUCCUUCAGGUCCAUUGCUCGGCGGGUCGGCCGGAGCCACACCACCGUGCGGCGCUGGGUGCGGCGUCUCCUUGGUGAGGGCGUACUGCGCGCCGGUGCUGCUGCGGAAAAUGUCUCCUUUCCGUACUGCCUCUCAAGACAAGAGGCCAAUGUGUUCCAUUACCUCACGUGCCGCCAAAUGGAGGAAAAAUGUAAAUGGAUAAGUCUGUACUUGGAACAUCUCGCUGCAAAUAGAGAGUUAAUAACAGAUAGACGACAGAUAGAUAACAUAUAUAAAACAAGUAUAAUCAACGCCAUACCAUGCCAAAGAAAGAACCUUAGCAUUUCUGCAUUAUCCUACUCGUCACUAAAGGAAAGAAAAGUAAAGAUGAAUGAGUGUGCAUCUAGAACACUUCGCUCACAGCAUUCAUUGUGGAUAACUCUUUAGUUGUUGUUGUAUGAGUGCUUUCCCUAACAGGGUCAGCACGGCCACUUUUUGUUAAGCUACGUCUCCAGAUCUACAGUGUUUUGAGAAUGCUUUAUACCGAAAUUUACAAUGUUUUGAAAUGUAAAAUUCCAUAACAGAUAUUUGGUACUGAACGGAAACACACAAGUCAUUAUAACAUCUUGCCACGCACAGACAUCGCGUCAUCACUGAAACUGUUUAGUUUUAAAAUAGUUCCAUGUAGCAGAAGAGCGAAAAUAUGGGUAAGUGUUGGAAACCUUGUAGUGCAAUACAGAUUAAUCAAAUGGAGGUGUGUAAAGAGGGCAUAUGUAUAUAGUAAAAUCUGUGAAUAUCUCGCAUGUUUCAUUACCAUCGCUUGCAUGAUCAAUAACAUCAACAAGGACGUUCUUUAAAUGACACGCUGUCGUUGAGAACUCCAAAGCAAGCAGGGGACGGGUGCUCAAAGCUGUGAACCUGGUAAAGAGAAGAACUUAGAGAGGGGGAGUUCACUGACAUCAGAAAGAUAACCAGAUGGAGAUAUGAAAUAAUGGCUUCUUGUUGGGGCUUGUUGGGGGUUCAGUAAGAGCGAACAAGACACCUCUGUGACCAAAAGUGAUCAAUUUCAGCUUUCUUCAAUAUUAUUUUUAGAAGGGAGCAGCAUGUUCGGGCUUUCUAUUUCUUUGUUUAUCUCUUUUCACCAGUAAUCUGCCUAAAUUUCCGUAUAAAAAAGUAUAUGGAGGGUAUAUUUUUCUUGACUGCUUCUAAUCCUUUCGUUCCAACAGCAAUGCGGCUCCUGAUCAUCACUGUUAUCUGGACAUUCAUUGAGGCUACGGGAAGCCGAGGGUUGGGGGUUAGGGAGAGGACGCGGGGUUCCGAGACGCACGAGCUCGAGGCCGGCGCCGGGGGAGUGGUCGCCAACAUGGUUCCGCUGCUGAAACUCGCCGCCGGGAAGUGUGACCUGACGCUGGCCGCCCACCGCUACUCCCCUGUGCUGGCGUCAAGGCUCUUACGAGUUGGCGGAGCAGUGACAGUCGUGGGUUUGAGUAGCAGAGUCGGGCCAACGUGCCAGCCUUCAGAGAGCCUAGCAGCGGAUGGCGGGGAAGCAAAUGGCAGGGCGUCUCGAGGGGAGCUGGCGGGGCAAAGCAAGGCGAAGUGCAGAGCCGUUGUCCUGGACGCCGUGACUGGCAACACUUCUUUGUCUGACUGGUUUCUGUCGUCGUCAGUGUUGUGGCUGCGGCCUGAGAUGCGUCUGGUGGUCGUGGGUCACCUGGACGCCUUGCACAGUGUUAUCAGCCACCGCGCUCUCCGCAACACUGAUCACGUGGUAUUCAUAGCCCCGCGUGGCAGGAGUCACGGGGAUGUCAAGGAAGGACGUGGUGACGGAGUGGCAAUGUACCGACGCUGUCUGUUCUGCAACGAGGGCGACGUGGGCAUAGUGAAGCUGUACCCCAAGAGCCUACAGUCUGGUGCGGCGGCAAGGGACCAGUUGCUGUUUCCCGACGACGCUGAGGGCUUCCACGGCCACAGGUUCCGGGUGGUGGUCAUGGAGUACUUCCCGUACAUCAGUUACACGCGGCAGGAGAGCGGUGCCCUGCGCCUCACCGACUCCCUCAACACGCGCAUGAUCACCCACCUGGCGGAGCUCCUAAACUUUACGUACGAGGUGAUGGAGCCAGACGACUGCCAGUGGGGGCUGGAGGCUGAUGGGGGCAACUGGACCGGUAUUGUAGGCACCCUCCAGCACGAGAAGGCGGACUUUUCAAUGGACCUCACUCUGACGCCCCAAAGAGCGACUGUGGUGGAUUUCUGUAGGCUUUACAUCGACGAGAACUUGGGCAUCUUGUCCUUGAAGCCUCGGCCUCCACCUGAGUAUUUAUCGCUCAUCAGACCUUUUGAAACCAAGGUGUGGGUCGCGACCGUGGUGAGCGUGAUGGUGUGGGGUGUGACGCUGUGGCUGCUGCUCAAAAUAAGGCAUCGAACAUUCAAAGGACGUCGUUUUGAUCUUAGGUCGGCACUUUUCUACAGCUGGGGGCUCCUUCUGGAGGACAGCCCGAACGAGCCUCCGGACAAUCCCACGGGCCAGGUUCUGGUAGGAAUGUGGCUCCUCGCUUGCUUGAUUCUGAGAACCACCUACGUGUCCUCCCUCAUCUCGCACCUGGUCAAGGGCGGCGAGUCUCCCGUCAUCAACACGAUCGAGGAAAUGGUGAAGAGUGGACAGCAUGAAGGCAGGCAGUGGGGGACUGUCGGCGUGAACGGGGCGAUCAAUUCGUUCUUGAUCACCAGCACCAACCCGGCCUUCCAUGUGGCGAAUAAGUUCAUGCAGUCCAUGGGGCCGGAGGAGGGCACAUCCAGAGUGUUGGCGGGGGAGUUUUCGUUCAUUCUCAACUACUACGCCAUCAGGGUCCAGCUGGCCACGCUCCGCGGAGCAUCGGCCGACAUCCCUGUCCACAUCAGCACCACGAAGUACCCGCUCUUCCCCGGCAACGGUUGGGCCUUUAGGCGCGGCACACCCUUCCUCUCUCGCUUCAACCUGGCCAUACAGCGGCUCCUGGACGCGGGCCUCAUCGACUACUGGAUGGACGACGUCAUCAACACCUACGUCACCACCAAGCGGCUGCAGGACAGGGAUUCCUUGCGGGACGGGAAGAUUCAGGCGUCCACUGUGGAGACCAUCACCCUCUCGUCUUGCCUCGCCCCUGCAGGAUACACGCGGCCAGGUGGUGCUGGGGCUGCGUCACCUGCAAGUCACCUUCUACAUCCUGUUCGCGGGCCAUGCUGCCGGGACACUCUCCUUUCUUGCUGAGAGCUCCCUGACCUGAUCUCCCUCACCACUGACCGACCUAUGUGUUGUUAUCGUUCAGUUACUUUGAAUUACAUAUGAAGUCAU